AUGCGGUUUAUCUCUUGCGACGGUACCAUCCCCCCUUGGCCAUUCCCCCUGCCCACCCCCCUGCUUGCCCCACGCUCAUUUUCCCUCACUUUACAUUGCAUCUCGCCUGCCCUCCCUGUGCGGUGCACCUGCCCCCUCGCCCCCUGGUGUUACAGGUUCUGUGGUAACCACAUCCCAGAGACGGCAGCGCUACGAGUGCCCUGCCCAGUCGACCCCUCCCAGUACGCUCCUCUCCUCUCCCUCCAUACUGCGCCCCUCAUUUGUCUGACCCUCCUCACUCUCCUCCUCCCCUCACUCUCCCCCUGCCCCUCUCUCUCCUCUUCCCCUCAAAAUACAGCUCCCUUCCCGCCUUGUCUUCCCUGCCACAUCCCACCUGCCCCUCACAAUCCCACUGGCCCCUCACAAUCCCACUGGCCCCUCACAAUCCCACUGGCCCCUCACAAUCCCACUGGCCCCUCACAAUCCCACUGGCCCCUCACAAUCCCACUGGCCCCUCACAAUCCCACUGGCCCCUCACAAUCCCACUGGCCCCUCACAAUCCCACUGGCCCCUCACAAUCCCACUGGCCCCUCACAAUCCCACUGGCCCCUCACAAUCCCACUGGCCCCUCACAAUCCCACUGGCCCCUCACAAUCCCACUGGCCCCUCACAAUCCCACUGGCCCCUCACAAUCCCACUGGCCCCUCACAAUCCCACUGGCCCCUCACAAUCCCACUGGCCCCUCACAAUCCCACUGGCCCCUCACAAUCCCACUGGCCCCUCACAAUCCCACUGGCCCCUCACAAUCCCACUGGCCCCUCACAAUCCCACUGGCCCCUCACAAUCCCACUGGCCCCUCACAAUCCCACUGGCCCCUCACAAUCCCACUGGCCCCUCACAAUCCCACUGGCCCCUCACAAUCCCACUGGCCCCUCACAAUCCCACUGGCCCCUCACAAUCCCACUGGCCCCUCACAAUCCCACUGGCCCCUCACAAUCCCACUGGCCCCUCACAAUCCCUGCCGCCACCCUGCACCUCUCUUCACGCACCCCCUGCAUCCUUGCUCCCUCGCCCCUUUCUCAUCUUCCCUCUGCUCUCCGCUCGGCACUCCCCCACCCCCUUGCCAUCCCCCACCCCUUUGCCCUCCCCCACCCCCUUGCCAUCCCCCACCCCCUUGCCGUCCCCCCAACGCACGCUGCAUGGCAGCACCAUACUGGCAUCCGAGGUCCAAUCACACGUCGCCAAACUGCUAGAGACAUGGGCGGGAGUGUGCCAUUCGAGCCACGGCAUGUGAAGCAGCAGGCGUCCAUCCUAGGAAACCUCGCGCGCGUGGGGCUGCUCCAUCCCCUACCACACCCGCGGACAGCGGCGCAGGGAACGGAAAAAGGAGGGGCGCAGGGAGGGGCGCAGGGAGGGGCGCAGGGAGGGGCGCAGGGAGGCAGAGCAGCAGGGCAGGCGAGAGGGGCGGAGCAGGCAGCGGUGGGGCAGCAGUGUGGGGCGGAGGAGGCGGUGUGGCAGGAGGGUGAGGAGGCUGGGCGGCAAGUGGGGCAGGAGCAGUGCGAUGCCUCAGGGGGCGAGGGCGAGAGUGGAGGCGAGGGUGAAAGGGGGAGUGAAGGGAGGGUUGAGGGUGAAAGGGGGGCGAAGAGGGGGGCGAAGUCAGGGGUGAGGCGGUGUAUGUGGAGCUGGGCGCGGGCAGGGGGUACCUGA